AUGGGAGGAGUGUUGAGCUAUUUCCGUAGCUUAUUUGGACAGAAAGAGUUGAGAAUUUUAAUAUUGGGUCUAGAUGGCGCUGGAAAAACAACUAUAUUGUACAGACUUCAGGUAGGCGAGGUUGUGACGACGAUCCCAACUAUAGGUUUCAAUGUGGAACAAGUUAUUUAUAAGAAUCUUAAAUUUCAGGUAUGGGAUCUUGGUGGUCAGACAUCAAUUCGUCCAUAUUGGAGGUGUUACUAUUCGAACACUGAUGCUAUAAUAUAUGUUGUCGAUUCAGCAGAUAAAGACAGAAUCGGCAUUUCGAAGCAGGAACUGGUAUCAAUGUUAGAGGAAGAAGAAUUGAAAAGUGCUGUCCUAAUGGUUUUAGCAAAUAAGCAGGAUAUUCCUAAUUCCCUUUCUUUGGCUGAUGUGCAUCGUAGCUUAGGAUUGGAUGCUCUUCGAACGAGAACCUUUCAGAUUUUCAAAACGUCAGCGACAAAAGGCGAAGGACUGGAUGAGGCAAUGGAAUGGUUAUCGAACAAUUUGCAGCAAAGGAAAUAG